GCGCCCUCUGUUGGUUCGCUGUCCGCCCUACAGCAACAUCGUAGGCUGGAUUGACGGGGAAGGAUGUGGUCCUUUUUCGCACGGGAUCCUAUUAAAGACUUCAACUAUGAAAUUUUACCCGAAAACCAAGAAAAGUCAGGCAUAUGGACCCUUAGUCGGGGCAAGCGCAAGACGACUGGUGAACCAGUGUCAGUCUUCGUGUAUGAGGUUUCACAGGGAACAGAGGAGCAGACGCAGCUGGCUAAAGCAGCUUUCAAACGCACAAAAACUCUCAGACAUCCCAACAUCUUAUCUUAUGUAGAUGGGUUGGAGACAGAGAAAAGCUUGUACAUCGUCACAGAGCCAGUGACCCCUCUGGCUGCUCAUCUGAAGCUCCAGGCGGAGAAGGGUGGUGCGAGCGAUUUAGAGGUGUCAUGGGGCCUUCAUCAAAUUGUGAAAGCACUGAGCUUUUUGGUGAAUGAUUGCCAUCUCAAUCAUAAUAACUUGGGGAUGUGGGCCGUCUUUGUGGACCGUGCUGGUGAAUGGAAACUUGGAGGGUUGGAUCAUGUGACCUCAGACCAGGGAGACUCCACCUCAUUACCGCCACCUAAAGUAAUCAACCCUGACUUGGAGAGAUAUGAUCCUCCAGAGAGCCCUGGCAGUGGUGGAGAAAAAUGGACAGGGGAUGUGUGGCGUCUCGGUUGUCUCAUUUGGGAAGUAUUUAAUGGAAGUUUACCACGUGCCUCCUCGUUACGAUCUCUCGGCAAGAUUCCAAAGCAGCUAGUGCCGCAUUACUGUGAGUUAGUGGGAGCAAAUCCAAAGAUUCGUCCCAACCCUGCUCGCUUCUUACUGAACUGCAGAUCUCCUGGAGGCUUUAUGAACAACAGCUUUGUGGAGAGCUGUCUGUUUCUGGAAGAGAUACAGAUUAAAGAACCUGCAGAAAAGCAGCAGUUUUUCCAGGACCUGAGUGAGAAUCUCGACUCUUUUCCUGAAGAUUUCUGUAAACAUAAAGUGCUGCCUCAGCUGCUUACGGCCUUUGAGUUCGGCAAUGCUGGCGCUGUCGUCCUCACACCGCUAUUUAAGGUAGGGAAGUAUUUGUCAGCUGAGGAGUAUCAGCAGAAAAUCAUCCCAGUCAUAGUGAAGAUGUUCUCCUCUACUGACCGUGCCAUGAGGAUACGACUACUACAGCAGAUGGAGCAGUUUAUUCAGUAUUUAAAUGAAGCAGCAGUUAACUCACAGAUCUUUCCACACGUGGUUCAUGGCUUUACAGACACAAACCCUGCCAUCCGAGAGCAGACUGUGAAGUCUAUGCUGCUGUUGGCCCCUAAAUUAAAUGAGACUAAUUUAAAUCAAGAGUUGAUGCGUCACUUCGCACGACUGCAGGCCCGGGACGAUCAGGGCCCCAUUCGCUGCAACACCACCGUUUGCCUGGGCAAAAUUGCCCCCUACCUCAAUGCUGGGAUGCGCCAGCGUGUAUUAAUCUCUGCAUUCUCACGGGCAACUAAAGACCCGUUUCCUGCCUCGCGUGCGGCAGGUGUGCUGGGAUUUGCUGCCACCCAUCAGUACUAUAGUGUGGCUGAAAGCGCCAAUCGUAUUCUGCCCACACUGUGCACACUGACUGUGGACCCAGACAAAAACGUCAGAGAUCAGGCAUUCAAAGCCAUAAAAAGUUUUCUCAGUAAGCUGGAGACGGUUUCUGAAGACCCAUCUAAACUAGCUGAAAUAGAGAAGGAUGUGACUGCAUCAGCGCAGACAGGAGGGUCGGCUGCUACAUGGGCAGGAUGGGCAGUAACAGGUGUCUCGUCUCUCACCUCCAAACUCAUCCGAAAUGCUCCGGCCGGUUCGGACGCACAACCUGCUGAAAACAGCCCUGCCCCUCAACCUGCUGCUGGACCAGAACCUACAAAUACUGCAAACAAAGGCCCAGAAAUGAGAGCACAGACAUCCGGUGCACGUAGGGUCCAAUCAAAUGAGACUUCAAAUGAGGAAACAGUGGAGCCAGAGGGAGACCGGUGGGAUGAUGAAGAUUGGGGAAGCCUUGAGGACCCUGAGAAAGUACAAACAGAUCCAGACGAUUGGCAUUCUGAUUGGUCAGCAGUGUCGUCAACACAGAAGAAAAGCAAUGUGAGCCGGAAAUCCUCUGAGGCAGUCAAGAAGCAGAGUUCUGAUUGGAGCUCUGGAUGGGAUGCCGACGACAGCUGGUCUAAUGAGAAAGACGCAGAUGGUCAGGGUCAAAGUUCACCUGCUGAUGAGGGCUGGGGUAACGACUGGGAUGAGGAUGGAAGUCUGGCUGAGAGUUUCACCCCAACACCUCGAAGUAAAACCUCAACUGGUUCAAAGAGUGCCAGAUUAAAUGCUGCACAGGAAGGGGUACGAUUGGCCAGUGAUUAUAACUGGGAUGCAGCAGAAGGAAAAUCAACAACAUCUGAUCUGCUGUCCAGUGUGUCACAGCGAAGUACUACGAAAUCUGAUGGCUGGGAUGCAGACAGCGCAGGAGACUGGGGAACAGAAGAAAACUGGGAGUCACUGGAUGGAGAUCAGGGUUUAAGUAAAGCAGAAUUAGCAAAGAAGAAACGAGAAGAGCGGCGGAAGGAGCUGGAGGCCAAACGGGCAGAGCGUAAGGCAGCAAAGGGUCCUCUUAAACUGGGCGCACGCAAGCUGGACUGAGCACCGGAGGUACAAAAGAUCAUUGACUCUUUGAAGAUGAAGGGACUGUGGGAUUUUAAAGAAACAUUCCGUGAUGGAGCCUCACAGCUGUCCUUAUGCUGGCAACUUGGAAGAAGUAAAAUUCAGACUGAGAAACAGCAAACACACCUUAAACUAUGAUAUUCCUUUACUCUUCUCACAAUACCGUGAAUUUUAUAUUACACAAUAUCAUAGUUUACUGAGUGUGCAUGAACUCACUGGUUUGAGUAUUGGAAGUCGAGGGAAAUUGGAACAAUAUAAUCUUAGAUAUCUUUGUAUGUACGUACACUGAUUACACAUUAAUUAUGGACCGCUUUGCCCUGAAUGUGGAUGAUGCAGAGAAACUCAAACAUGUUAGCUGUAACUUAAUCAUGAUCCUAGGUGGGACAAUGCCAUAACUAGUGCAUGUAUAAACACAGAUGAAUAUUUUCAAAACAAAGGAUUCACUUGACCAAAAAAAACAUUGUAACUCAUGAAAGGCGUUUUGUUUUUUCUUUGUUUGCCAUAUGACAGGGUGAGGGUGGAUGUGCUUGUUAUUUCUGGUAUGUGCCUUCUUUUGCGUUCCUAGUAGGCGGUACUGCUCAUGUUGUAAAAUAAACUAAUCAACAGAAGAUUUUAGUUAAUGAGACAGUCUGUGAAAUCUGGUGCAAUAUUUUCAGAAGGGGGUAAUUCAUGUACUGUACACACAGAUGUAAAAUCCAACUUCAUAUGUAUUAUAAUAAAGAAGAACAGUCUGUCUUUGGAAA